AUAAAAGUCAGAUAUUUCGACGAUUUUCAGUUCAUUGUUCAUUGUGUUGUUCGAAAGAAAAAUCAUAAUGAAAUUCUUGAUCGUGCUGGUGUCUCUUAUUGCGGCGAUUGCUGCUGCUACUGACAAAGAGUUGUGGCAGGAAUUCAAGCGAAACUAUGGACGUGACUACAGAAACCUGAGGGAAGAACAGAAACGUUUCUCCAUCUUCCAAAGCAACUUGCGCGUCAUCGAGACACACAAUGUGAAAUACGCCAAAGGGGAAUCUUCGUACUUCAUGGGAAUUAACCAAUUCACAGACAUUACCCCGGCUGAAUUCAAAGCUAAAUUGAACACGAGUGCCUCAAUGAGAGCACCUCGUACACAACCUACCGUUUGGCAUGUGAAAACCGGCUUAGAAGCUCCUUCCAGCUUCAGUUGGAUACCCAAAGGAGUCGUCACCGAGGUUAAGAAUCAAGGAGACUGCGGCUCUUGUUGGGCGUUUAGCGCUAGCGGAGCUUUGGAAGGAGCCCACGCUAUCAGCACGGGCAACUUGGUCAGUCUCAGCGAACAAAACUUAAUGGAUUGCGCCACCGCCAACUGGGGUUGCGACGGGGGAUGGAUGCAAACCGCAUUCGACUACGUUAGAGAGAAUGGAAUAGAAUCAGAAGCGGACUACCCUUACCAAGCCGUUAAUCAGGCAUGUCAGUAUAGUGAAUCUAAGAGCGUGGUCACUAUCUCCAGCCACGUGACUAUUCCAGAGAAGGAUGAGGAUGCUUUGUUAGAUGCUGUUGCCAAUAUUGGUCCAGUCUCUGUAGACAUCAACGCCGACUACAUGAUGUACUACCAAGGUGGUCUCUUUGAUGACAGCGCUUGUGAUGAUCAGAUGGACCAUGGAGCCCUCGCAGUUGGGUACGGAAGCGAGAACGGCGCAGACUACUGGCUGGUCAAGAAUUCCUGGGGCACUGACUGGGGAGAGAGUGGAUACAUCAGGAUGGCUCGCAACAAGAACAACCAGUGCGCUAUUGCUACCUAUGCGUCUUACCCCGUUUUGUAAAAUGUUUUUGUAGAUGCAUUUUAGCGAAUAAAAUAAGUAUGUGCAUGUGA